AUGGCAAAGCAUCACCCCGAUUUGAUCUUUUGCCGUAAGCAACCUGGAAUUGCUAUUGGACGUUUGUGUGAAAAGUGCGAUGGUAAAUGCGUCAUUUGCGACAGUUAUGUACGACCAGCAACACUUGUACGAAUUUGCGAUGAAUGCAAUUUUGGUUCAUUCCAGGGACGAUGUGUGAUCUGUGGUUCACCUGGUGUGUCUGAUGCUUAUUACUGUGUGGGCUGUACGCGACUUGAAAAGGAUCGCGAGGGCUGUCCAAAGAUUAUCAACUUGGGAUCUUCAAAGACAGAUCUGUUCUACGAACGAAAGAAGUUUGGAUUCAAGAAACGCUAGAACAACAACAAUUCAUAGAAUUAAAUUGGAAUGUACAAAGAAGAAAUAAUAGUAUGAUGAUGAUGAUGAUGAUAAUUGAAAGAGCAAGAUAUAUAUAUAAAUAUAUAUAUAUAUAUAAAUGUAUAUUUAUAAAAGCAUGGUUGAUUAACUAAGGAUUGAAGCCCGUUCUUUCUUUCUUUCUUUCUUUUGCGUGUCUUUUUUUUUGGGGGUUUUUUUUUGUUGGAAUCAAAGAAAGGUAGGCAGGUUACAAGUUUUUUAAAGAAAAAUAGAAAGGAAUAGGAGAGAAGAAGAAGAAAAAAAAAAGGCAAAUUACGUACAAGAUAAGAGAAAGAAGAAGAAUAGGACGGUGUAGAAUAGAAAGAAAUAAGUAACUAUGGUGAAGGAAUUUGACGGAGGAAUAAAGAGUAAAAAAAAAAGGAAGAAAAAAAGAGAGGAGGAAGGUAGGUAGCUAAGUUGGAUAGAGGAAAAGAAAGGGGAUAUUUUCGUUGUCUUUUUUUGUGGUUGUUGCAAGAAGUAUAUAUAUAUAUAUGUAUAUAUGUAGUUAGAAGCGUAGGACACCUGAUGAACCACCUGCUGAAGCACCAACGCCACUACCACCAGCUACCAUACUGUGUUGCUGGCGAACGUUAAUAUUAUUAUUGUGGUAGAACGGUGAUGAGCGGGAGAUUGGCGCUGCUUCUGCUGCUGCUGCAGAUCCGGAGGGGUGAGGGACAGAGACAGAAGAAAGAGGAGAGG